CAAAACGGGUCCCAUCCGAUCACCUGUCCUUACAAAGUGGGCCCAGGAUACAGCGACCCAACCAAACCCCGCCGCACACGGUUUCCUCCCUCCCACCCGCGCCGCCACCGACACCUCCCCUACGCCCUAGCUCCUCGCCCCCCGCCGCCGCCGCCGCCGCCGACGACGACGACCGCGCGUGUCCCUCCCUCGCCGGAGUAGUGAGGGGGGCACCGCGAGAAUGGAUUGCUGCCGGCGCGUGAACCCGUUCCGCGCCUGCUCGCCGCUGCGGGGGCUCGGGUACCUCAUGCUGGCCUUCGUGGCCGCCAUCGUCGCCGUCUCCUACUACGCCGUCGUCGUCUACACCUGGGGCCCUCUGCUGCUCGGCGGCGGCGCCGCGGCCGGGGCCGCGGCCGUCCUCGUCGCCUUCCACCUACUGCUUGCAAUGAUUAUAUGGUGCUACUUGAUGGUUGUUUUCACCGAUCCUGGUGCUGUACCUGAAAACUGGAGACAUGCUUCUGAAGAGGAUGGCAUAGGUGUGAACUCUAGGACUAUAUCAUAUAAUUGGGAUGCUACAUACCCCAAUCCAGAAGGGCAAAGUGCACAAAAAUAUUGUUCUCGCUGCCAAAAUGGCAAGCCGCCUCGUUGUCACCAUUGUUCUGUUUGUAACAGAUGUGUGCUCAAAAUGGACCAUCAUUGCGUUUGGGUGGUAAAUUGUGUUGGGGCAAGGAACUACAAAUAUUUUCUCCUUUUCCUGGUAUAUACAUUUGUUGAAACAGUGUUGGAUACAUUGGUACUACUUCCUUACUUUAUUGAGUUCUUCCGAGAUGAAAGCAGACGUUCCAGCUCACCUGGCGAUAUUGCUAUUCUAUUUGUUACUUUUGUUCUUAAUUUGGCAUUUGCACUGAGCCUUCUAUGUUUCAUUGGAAUGCACGCAUCUCUUGUUACAAGUAAUACGACUUCUAUAGAGGUCCAUGAGCGAAGGAAUUCAGUCUCAUGGAAGUAUGACCUGGGAUGGAGAAAAAACUUGGAGCAGGUUUUUGGCACCAAAAAGUUGCUCUGGUUUCUUCCAUUGUACUCUGCUGAGGAUCUGCACAACAUUGGAGCACUUCAUGGCCUUGAAUUCCCUACUCGAUCUGAUGCAGUCGUCUGACUACAUGUACUUCCACCAGCAUCUUGUUCAAAAUAUUCCAUAUUGCCGACUCACUUGUAGAUUAAGCUACCUGAUUUCUGUACAGAAAUCCAUCGUCGUUCUUUCAUAGGAAGUGUGAAAUGCAAUAUCAUUCUUUUUGUAUAGUUUUGUGGUACUUGAUCCAUGGACCAUACUAAAUUACACAAAAUCAUGUUAAUUCUUUGGUUGAUUUAAACGGCGUGUAUCAUUUCAAUUGAAGAUCUUCACAAGGUCAUUAUGAAUA